UUGGCGGGAAAGCCUGCAGUGGAAAAUCAGCCAAUGAGCAUGCUCCAUUUUCAAACUUUAGUCUGUCUUUGUCCAGGUCCACAACAGACGUUUGUUAGUUCAACAUGAAAGUUAUGUGAAAGUUGCGCCAUAGUGUAAAAUUGUUAUUAAACACUCAAGAAACUGCGAAGGACUUCAUGCCUGAAAAUAGCUGCGAUUUUGUCACGGAUAAGGUUACCUUUGUCUCUUGUCGAGACAAGUUUCGUUUCAAGAUGUGCAAAAAAAGUAAUUGUAUGAUACCUAUGGCAGCUGUAAUACCAAGAACAUUUGUACUGAAGUGGCCAACAAAGCAUCCAAGGUUUUGGGAAAUGGCUUUAUAUAGAUGCACGAGAAGUGACACCACAGUGCAUUCUGGAGUUUGCUGUAAUGUUACUCUGUAUUAAAAUUCAGAAGAGGAUGCGUAAAAUUUCAGUCAAAAAAAGCACUGGUAGUGCUUUGACGAGAUGAUGAUUAGUCAUUAAUAUUGUACUUCGUCGAAAGUAGUGUAGUGUGGUUGUAUUUGCUGGAUGAGCAAGAAUGUAACCUGGAAGUUACAAAAAUGGAUCCUUUUUUCAGUACACAGGAUACAAUGUCUUUAUCUCUCCAAGAGAUGCUUGACUGUGACUACAAAUCAGAUUUGGAAAGUGUUCUGGGGACAGACCUCAGCCUCUCGUUAAGUGGAGAAUUUCCUCCGGUAGACUUAGAAGGAGCAUUGGGUACUUCAGAUGAUAUGGCAAUGUGGCUUACUAAUGGCUGCUUGUAUAGUGAAAAUAGUAACUCGUCCAGUUCAAAUUUGAACCUGGAUUUACUGGGUUGUGAUACUACUGCAGUGAAGUUAAAUCCAAGUACUGUGUUGCCAGUGACAUUUGUGACUGUUCCUCAGGCACCACCUAAGACUGUUAGUGUUAUUGUUAGUAAACCCUUGAUGCCUUGUGAAGAAAAGCUGUCAGACAACUUAAACACUUCAGUGCCAAGUUCUUCAGGAAAUACUGUUAUGUCCCAAACAGUUUCAGCUUCCACAAACAGAAUAGAAACUCCAGUUAACCAGUUGUCAACAGCAUUGAAUGCUUCAACAGUGUCUCACAGUGUCAACAAAGUCAUCACCAAGACCGAUGCUUUUCAGUCAGUAAUGACAACAAAAAGUGUCCCAAACAUUAUCAGCAGUACAAAGUUUACACAGAAGGAUCAUGUUCCUGCUCAUCAGAGUAAUGCGGAUUUAAUUGCAAGGUCCUUGCAACCACAGCCUAAUAGUAGGAAACGUGACACCAAAAACUUUGAUAUGGAGUUUGAUGAGAGACCUUAUCCAAAGCCUGCAUACUCUUACUCGUGUCUUAUUGCCAUGGCUUUAAAAAACAGCAGGACUGGGAGUUUACCUGUAUCCGAAAUCUAUAAUUUCAUGUGUGAACAUUUUCCGUACUUCAAAACGGCACCAAAUGGAUGGAAGAACUCUGUACGGCACAACUUAAGCCUGAAUAAAUGUUUUGAGAAAAUUGAUAAACCAUCAGGAAAUGGAAGUCAACAACGUAAAGGUUGUCUUUGGGCAAUGAAUCCAGCUAAAAUUGCCAAAAUGGAUGAAGAAGUUCAAAAAUGGUCCAAGAAGGAUCCAAUGGCCAUUAAAAAUGCAAUGAUUUGUCCAGAAAACCUUGAACUUCUUGAGAGAGGCGAAAUGAAGCAAGAAUUCACCAAUUUUUCAACUACUGGCAUGUUGGGUGGUAGCGAAGAAAGUGAUGAUGAAGUUGAAAGUAAUGGGCCUAACACUCCAGUGUCACCCAGUGUGUUACCAGAGCUCGAUAUUAACAGUAUGGUUGUGCCUGGUGAUUCAUUCGAUGAAUCAAGUCUAGACUUUGAUAUUGAGGUAGCCGAAGGAAUGUAUGAAGAAUUUGAACGUGAUGACAAAUUAAAUAUUGGAAUUACAAUAACACCUGAUAAUAUCGAGAUUGCACCUUCACCAAAACGAAGUCGUAGCACUGUCCAAGGUAACUACAUUUACCGGCAGCUAUCUGAUAGUGGCUCCUCGAGGCAGAAGGAACCACAAUUCCUGAGGGCUGCUUCAGCUGCAUUAGUCAAACUUGAAAACCCAUGAAGAGAACAGUUUCAUAGUGUCAUACUGUAAUGUUUCCCAUGCCAGUGUUACUAUCUUGUAGGUCUGACACAAAUUGUGAAGUUUUGAUACUUGUACAGCACUGAAUACAUAUUUAUAACAACAGUAGCACAUACAAUGUGGUGUGUUUUACAAACAUAUAUUUUUGUUUAUUAUUCUCUUAGGUAUGUUAAAUCGUGCUCUUAAAAUAUUCAGUUACAAUGUUGCAGCAUUUGCUUUUUUGUAAGGUAUUUAAUAAUGUUGAGAAUCCAAUUCUGAGCAACUGUGUGAUAAUUCUGGUGUUAUAAGAGAAUUUACAACCUCUUUAAUGGCAGGUGAGUAUAAUCUUUAUUGGACAAAGUUGUGCUAAAAGUACAUCAGAUGUACAUAGUUUUAUAUACAUAUAUUUUUUAUUUUUAAAUGUGACAUAAAUGUUACUUUUUUAAAACAUAUUGAUGUAAAUGUGUUUUGGUGCAACAUAUACUAUGAGCAAGGUUUACUGGCCAGGGAAAUUACAUUCUCGUGGCUGAACAAUUUACAAUUUAUAUGAAUAGUUGUAAGAUUUUUCCUUUCAAAUGAUUUUUGUAAAUAGUGAAACUGACAGUAUUUACACAUGUCUACUGAAUAGUUUUACAGUAAAGUUGUGCAACUUUAUUCAGAGGCCUCUGUGGUGUCCAGUCUAGAAAUCAUAGGGGUGCAUGCUUGAGUAGAAACGUUCUUAGAAGUGAAAUUGCAGCUGCACGAGUAUGUUUGAGUAUUUGUAAGUAAUAUUGGAAAUGUUCUGUAGUAAUAUAUUUUACAGUGUUCUGCCUUCCAGUAAAAAAAUGUACAAAUUUUAUAGAUUAGUAGUUACUUGUAUCUUGUGCUAUGAUGGUGACUUUCAUAUUUUCAAUAUGUAGAUAGGUUGUGAAGCAGUGUCUCUUUCAUUAUCAUACAAAAGCUAUCUGACAAUUAUUUGUGGGAGUACAAAAUAUGUACCUAUGAGCAAAACGAAUUUUAGAGUAGCAGUGGAAUUUUGUUUUUUGCAAUUAUAAGUAUUAGACAUAAUUAGUGUGCCUAUACGUGUGUGGUUAUAUCAUCAAAACAUCACUUAAAGGAUUCCUGUGUUUUAUGGUUUUAGUGAGGGAUCCUGUGUGUUUUGUGGUUUUAGUGAGGGAUCCUGUGUGUUUUGUGGUUUUCUUGAAUUUCCAACUGUUAAGUUCCAAGUUGGCUGAAUGGUACUAAAAAAGUGAUGAUGGGAAAUAAACAUGAUGAGUUUUUAAAGUUUUACAACUAAUAUGCUAAGUGAAGAGUUGCGUGUAGUGUUUGAAUGCUGGAUAUUAAUCUAAAUUCAGUCUGCCUUUGAAAUCAUUCUUUUGUUUAUGAUAAUUUUAUAAAAGUGGUGUUGCGAAAAAUGCGGCUCAUGGAGUUUAGUGCCAGGAAAACAUAAAUUAAGUAUUUUAAAAGCUCAUCCAUUAUAAAGAUGAUUGAUUACCUGUUUCCUGAUGAUCACUCUGUAUUAAAAGCUUUCAUUAAUUUAAUAUGUCCUUGUAUUCAACAAAGUUUCCAGCUUCAUCAUACUGUUAAUGACUUAUGUGAUGAUUCAAGAUAGUGACAAAAUGCAUAGCUUUUGAUAUUUCAUUUGUUGGUAUAAACUUGGGUUAAGUAACCGUAUAGCAGGAAAUUGGGGUCUAGGGAUACACACCUAUAAAAGUAAACAAAUGGAAAUAUCUGUGUAAUCUGCCAUAAGUAGCCAACCAGUAUGCUUAAAUGACCCAUGGGGAGUUCAGAAAGAAGGUUGAAUUCACACAUAAUAUAGUAAAACAUUGAUUCAUGGUCUCCAAAAGGGCUCAUAAAAUGGGAACAGUGUAUGUGGGAAAAUGGUAGGUGUGGAUUUUUCAGAAACCACCUGUAUGGAUAGCUGUCUUUUACAAAAUUAUUAUUCUGCAGAAAACCAUUAACCCUUUCACUGCUGCUGAUGAGCUCUUUGCAUUCUGUGCUGAGGCUGCUUUUGUUAUCCCUGUACUGCUUGCCAAAGGCUCAUGCCUGUGCUGAGAGACAGCACUCCAACCGAUAUGAGAUAUUUAUCAUCCAAUUUUUUGAAAACUAAUUGAUGAAAAAAAUUGAUUUUUGCACAUCUUACAGUCUGAUAUCUUCACUCCAUAAAGGACUGAAUUUCUUGUCAUUACCCAUCAUAGUUACUGUGCUACAUAAGAUUAGGUGAAACAUCCUGCAAAAUUUUAAAGGUUUUUGUAGGUGUAAAAAUACAUUGCAAUGAAUGAAAUGUAGAUAAGAUUUCUAAAUUUUAUUUAAAAUUGAGAGUAGGAAAAAACCUCAUUUCAUUCUUGAUUUAUUGGGUUUUAUAUCCGAAGGACGGUCGUGCGUGACAUACCCAUUCGUGUCCUUGCGCAUCAUGAAUUAUGUAGUUAUAGUAACUGUCGUAUCGCGCAAGUGAUUCAGAAUAUCAAAACUAGGUUUUCUGCAUGUGAAACCAUGCAGUGAGGCAUGUGUUGUAUGAUAAAUACUUAAAGCUCUUUUGCACCAUUAUAUAUGGAAGUAACUCGGCUGUAACAGUGAGAGGUCGGCAAUUCGGGACGCAUUUAGACAUCCAUAGCACUGUAGGUAGACCCAAGUAUUGCACCUAUACACAUCCACAACACCUGGGGAACAGUGUAGCAGGGUGUGUAUACACACCCACAGCAGCAAAAGGGAUAAUCUUUAAUUGCAGUGUAGCAAUUUUUUGGAUGAGAAUUCAAUCGAAACACUAGUUUUAUUGUUUAUACUUGCUAGCAUGCAUAUAUGUAUUCAGCAAACAUACCCGUCUACUAUCCACCUCUAGCACAUCUGUUCCCCUGAAACAUUAUGUUGCUGAAGAAAAGUGCCUGAAACUUAAAUUAUUGUAGUGAGAAUUUGACAUAACAGUUAACAGAGCACUAUCACUAAAAAUCAUAAAAAAGUGAUACAAAAGCAAAUGAUAAGACAACUAAAAGCUAAUGGUAGAAAAAAAUGAUUUGAAUAAGAAAAAAUAUUUGGUGAAAGGAUGAAACUACUUGUAAAGAAGGUAACUUGUAGUUAAGAUGCAUUUUAACAGCAGUAUGUUUUCUUCCUGAAGAAGCAAAAGUAAUUAUCUUAUUCAUAGUGAAAUAGCAGUUGUUCUUACACCUUCUUAUGGGUUAAACUGUGGAAUAAUUUUUGGAGUGGUGACUGUGGUAAUAUUUGUAAUUAUAGUCUAAUUUUAUGAGGAAGGAAUUUCAUCUAAUAAGGAACAAUGGAGGGAGAUAAAAUGUGUCAUGACUUUGGUAAAAAAAGUUUGAUAGAGGAAGCUACUAAACAAAAUGUUUCUAGUAAUAAUGCAAGUGGUGUAGAUGAUAAUAUAUGAAGAACUAAAAACCCUCUUCUGAUAGUAAGAGUUUAAAUAUAACAAAGAACUGUCAGUACAUUAAAGAAUAUGAAUAUAAGUGUAUGAAAUUGUAAUACAUCCUGGUAAUUUUCAUGAUGCCCAUGUUCCCAUCUCCAUGGGAUUGACAUCAAAUUGAAAUGACAGUUCUGCACAUUUACUUGUCCCUGUGAUAAACAAUGGCAAAGCAAGUAAGCUUCAGACCAGUAUUCUCAGCACCAGAACCCUAGUGAAACAAAUGAAAUGUUUAACCAGUUAUUAGACCAAAUGGUAUAUUAGAAAAAGGGGGGAAGGGGUUGAUGAAGCAUGUGAAAGAAUGAUUUUGUUAUAAUCUUGAUAUGUUUAUUGCGGUCUGGCUUUCAGCUUCCAUUGAAUUGGAAAAUAAAACAAUUGUGUAUUGUUUGCUGGUAGUCAGUUUUACAAAGUCUGUGUAAAUAUUGUGAUAAUACUUUUGUCAAGAAAUUCACACAAUUUGAUGCAACUUUUUGCAGAAUGUAGUAGUUAAUGAAUUCCUGCAUGAUUGGAUUAACAGUCUUCGAUAAGCAUUAGUAGUAAAUUUUUGUUUGCUUCAUAGAUACAGACAUUUGAGAACGUUUGUACAAUUUUUCAUAAAACUGAGAUGUCUAAAAGUAAUAUUACAAUGAGAAAACGUCUAUAUUCAUUUGUGAUGGUUAGUCAGAGAUAGAAACUAAAAUCUGUGUGAGGAGGAUAGCAGAAAUUGAAGAAUUUAAAGUAUGUAAAAAGCAACCAAUAGCAGCAUAUAGGACCCUGAAAUUAAGUGGACAAUGAGAAUGUCAAAAGUAAAGAAGGCUCUAAUGGUAUUUACUGCAGACAUUUUCCAAAAUUAAAGCUGGUCUGUAAAAUAGAUACAAAUAUCUUAUAAAAAUUAGCAGUCUGGGAAGUUUUGGUUAGUAGAUUUUUUUAUUAUCUUGGGUUAAAUGCCAUCUCAAUGGCCAAUUCACAUUGUAUAUUAGGAAAUGAAAUGAAUAUUACUGUCAAUGGAGGUGUCUUCACUAUAAAUGGAAUGUGAACAUCAUGCCAGGUCGUGUCUUGUCAUGCUACUAUUGAAAAGAUGUGACACUAUGAAGAAUCAUAGACCUACGGAAUGCAGGCAUAUAGUCUCAGCAUUAAGGAACUAGGUAAUUGGUAGUCGAAAUUAACAAUAACCAAAGCAAAAUCAUAAUGGAUCAUCGUGACAAAGAUCAUAUGGUAAACCUACAUACUGUUGAAAUUUGAAGGAAUAGAGAGUGCCUUUCACACAUUUCAAAAACCUCUACGUUUUUACAUACUAGCAGAACAGUAGUCAAACAGAAUACAAAUUGACUUUUUCCUUAUUCUUUGUGUCUUGAUUUCUUUCAAAUUGCCAACAGAUGUUAGGAAAACUGUUUCUUUUAAUGAAACUGUUUUACUGUUGAAAUAAUUCAAAAUCUUUUCAGAAUUACUGUUCAUGUUUUGAUCUUUUCUUCAUCCAUAUAUUGUAAGAUCACUUUUAAGAGAGAACUCACACAGAAAGAAUCUAAAGCCCUCAUGCUACAUUUGCAAUGUGUCUCAAAAACAUAGAAAAGUACAGCAAGAAUACAUCAGUGUCAGACAUGUUAUAGACAUUCGUGCUCCAGUAGGUAAGUCAGAUGAUGCCGCCUUCUUGACAACAUCAAAACUUUUGUCCGGGUAAUCCAUGCCAUUCCAUAAAAGUUGAGAUGAAUGCAUGUUCAGUCUGAAAAGAGCUUAAGACAUAUGUAUAGGUCCUCAGGAUUUUUAUUUUUCACUCAUAAAUUGUACAUUUCAUAGCAAGAACUCUGCAAACAGCUGUAUCUUGACCCAAUUCUGUUAAGCCACUAGCAGUUUAGUGGCUAUUAGCCAUGCAACUGGUUGUGCCUUAAUAAAAUUGCAAACAGCUGUAGCUUGAAUCAGAGUUCUUGCUUUAAAAUGUACUGCCACAGCUGCAUAUGCCCCAACCACAGAGUCAUAAAUUAUAGAAAAUUGUUGAAGUAUAUAAUUCCCACAUACUCCUAUCUCAAAUCCCCUCCUUGAAAUCAGAUUAAAUAAACUGAAUCUUCUGGGUCACUGUAUUGCCACAUCUAAAACAUGCUGUUUUUGGUGACUGGAAAUUAGCGCAAGUAUUUGACAUUUUGUUUGUUUGUUCUUGUUCUGUGGGCUUUAUAAAAGCUUGCUACUCUAUCCCCUUUUUUAUGUACCUUGUAACAAUCAAUAAACAGAAUCGCAGUGAGGUGGGAGGUGUGAUAUGUUUAUGUUCAUUGCCUUUCUACUAUUUGUUAAAUUUUGUGCUACCAGUUCACUGGUGCUGAAGCAGAAUACUUGUUUUUUCCAUCUACACAUGAUUUUUACUCUGAGUGGAGUAUAUGUCACAGUUAACAUUUUUCCACGAGUCAUAUUUGUGGUUAGAUUAACCCUUUUGCUGCUACAGGUGUCCUUCCUAUAUUCCGUGUUUAUAGUGCGUUUGUUGUUGCUACUCUGCUUGCCUGAUGCUGCUACCUGUGCUGAGAGAUGAAAUACUUAUCAUCCAAUUUUAAGAAAACUAUAACAUGAAAAAAAUUUAUUUCUGCACUUCGUCCUGUCUGAUGUCUUUGUUCAAUAAAAGACUGAAUUUCUUUUCACUAUUCAUCAUAGUUAGUGUGCUGCAGAAAAUUAAGUAAAGCUUUGCACAAAAUUUUAAAGAGUUUGCAUAGGUAAAAACACAUCACAUAAACUUUGUGUAUGGUUGAUUUUAGCCCCCAUACAUUGCUGGUUAUGAAAUGUAAAUAAGAUAGAAAAUUUUUAUUUAAAAUUGAGAGCAGAGUGAUAUUUCAUUCUCAAUUUAUUAGUUUUUAUAUCAGGUGGAAGGUCAUGCGUCAUUCUCCCAUUUCUGUCCCUGUGCAUCAGGAAGCAUGUGAUAAUAACAAUCAUCAUAUUUCAUGAAUGGUUGAAGAUAUCGAAACAAGAUUUCUUGCAAAUAAUAGCAUGCAAAGAGGCACCUAUGUUGUAUGAUAAAUACUCGAACUUGCUUUAUUCACUUGUCCACAGCAGUGAAAGGGUCAGCAAAACUGGAUGUGUGAACAUGUCAGGAGCACUUAAAGAAAACUGAGGGGCCAUGUUUAAAAACAUCCACAGCAUCGGGGAACAGCAGAGCAUGACGAGUUAGUUCCUACACAUCAGUUGAAGGGCUAAAAGUCAAAAUUAUGAUCCCAUUGCUUACUAAAUUCAAAGGAUAUGUUUUACAUCUUGAUUUGUGUGUGUGACACAUUGCUUGUUUUUAUGUACAUUAUACUUUGUGGCUUGUUAAUCAGUGUCUGUUUCCCUGGUUGGCCACCAAUUUGUUACAUGUAUUAAGUUUCAACAGCAUGCCGUAACUUAUCCCCUGUGACAUUUUACAGAAAUCAUCUUCAACAGCGUGUUUAUUUCUUUAACUGAAAUUAUAUCAUUGCUGUGCUAUUGUUAAAAGUUGCAAUUCUGUUGACAGUCAUCGCUACUGGUGUGUGUUAACAAAUUCUGUAUUCUUAAGCUAUAGUCAUCAAAGCAUCUACAAAAUUUCCUUGUAUUAUAUUUUUAUUCUUACACCCUGUAGCAUUUUACACAAUUUUACAUAAUUACUUGAUCAGAUACAAAAAUAUUUGUUCUAAGUCAUACUGCCACUAAUGUCAUAAAAUACAUUUUUUGUCAAGUUGACAGCUUUGAGGCAAAUUUUCCAUUGACAUGUAUAGGUUCAUAGGGAACAGAACCUAAAGACAAUAAAUUGACUGUGGCCACAUUUAUUGUAUUAGGCUCAUGUAAAAAGAAACAAGCCAGAAGAUGUAAAAUGAAAACUGCAGAAGGAAUCAUAAGCCAUUACCUAUGGAAGAAAAUCUGUUCUGUUAUAGUGCUGAGGCCUCAUACUUGCUACCAGAGGAACUGGGUACACACCCACAUGACAACAGAACAAGCGCAUUCACACGUUGACCAUCCACUGCACUCAGUAGUAUUGAAAACAAAGAAAUAGGACUUCAAAAGAAGAGCAAAGGGGUGUAGUGUGUUUCCUCACAGCUGAAGUAGUGUGAGGAACAGAAAUUCAUUGAGGAAUGGCGCAAGUAUGUGGAAAGCACUGAUUUCUGUUGCAAUUUCGACACCCAGUCUGACCUUCUAGGGCAAUGGCCGCCAUUAUAACUCACUAGUCUUCAAUAGUGAGGGCAUCCUGCUGCUGGGCAACAGUAUCAGUAAUGCAUUGUUGUGGUGUAGAUCGUGUAUCAUCGGCCAAUGACAUCUAUCCUUCCUUGAAUCACUUGUGCCGCGCCUUGACCCUUGCAACCAACAUGCAGUGCUCUUCACACACCUGUGCCGUCCUUUGAUGAAUUUCCAUUCCUCAUCCUCCUUCCACUGUCAAGAAAUGAACUACACUCCUUUGUUCUUCUUCUGAAGCCUCCAUUUAUCUGUUUUCAGCACAAUUGAUUGUAGUGGACAGUGUGUGCAUGCAAAUGCUCACUCUGUAAUCAUUGGAUGUGUGCCCAUGUCCCUCUUAACAGUGGGUUUUGGAUGCCACCACUUUUAUAGGGACCAUGCCCUAUUCUGUAGGCAAUGGUAUUGCAAAUCACUUCAAAAUCUUAUGAUUGAAUUCAGUAGAUUCGCGUCACAUAGCAGUGAUGUAUUGCGAUACGAAGAAAAGUGUUAUUUAAACAAUAUUUUAGCAUUAAUAGAAGUUAUUAGUUGACUAAUCCAUUGGCAGGAAUAAAAUGAAGAUACUUAUCCAGGUAAUGUUGUUACUCAACUCUUAAGAAUUAGACCUUCAUGAAGAGAAGUAAAAAAUAUUUCUGCACGCAAAUGUGGAGGAGACAACUCGACUAGCAGGACAUAAAGUGGAAGCACUAAACCAGUUCUUAUGCAUGACACCUUACUAAAGAAUGUGCUUCACUGCAAAUAUAUGGAGUGACCACAGUGUGUCAGAAAUUCUUGCAGAUGAAAGUAACUGGAAGGCUGCAUGCACGAGGCAUUGAAAUUACAUAAUGAACUGGAAAUAGCUAUUUGAGCACAAUAAAAUAAAAGUAAAGAAUCAAUAACAAAAAAUAAACAAAAUCUCCCAACAAAAUGCCGAAUAUAAGUAUUUUAUCAUGUAAUAUAACACACCAGUCAAAUACAAUUGGGGACAUUCACAAAGAAACAAGCCGGGGGUUGCAAAAUGAAACCCACUUCACCAGUCUUAAGCUUCAUUGUUGUUGGAGUGAUUAUUAAUUUGUAUUUAACCAACUGUUCCCCCAGUUGUUUUAGUGUUUUACAGUUAUGUAGUGAUCAGUUACAUCUGCUGAUAUAUGUUAUGUAUUUAGUGUUUUAUGCCUCAAUUGAAACUGGAAACUCUUGACAGAAACCUAUGAAAUAAACUUUUUCGUCUUGUUGCUUUGAUGUUACACCUUCUGCAGACACUGUAUACAUAACACAAUUUAGAAUGUGCAACAAGGCACACAUUGUAUAAAUUUCAUCACAUGGCAUUACACCGGAUACUUCUGUUGUGUUCUUUGUGUGUUCUUGACGUUAUACCACCUGUGUUGUCACUGCACGCAAAGCAACUGUCUAUGGUUUUGUAGGAAGAACCAUUGUGGCAUUAACUUGGUUGUAUUUGACACCUGUACUGUCAAAAUUAACACCUGUUCAUAUUACUUAAUUCUUCCAUUAAGUCUGAAAACCUCCUACAAAUAAUCUGAUGAGGCCUGCCUUUGUAGGCCCACCAAAUCAUGUGAAAUAUGUCUGACUGGAGCAAACCCACUUGUGCAACUCUGAAAUUACCAUUGUGAUAAAAUUUUUUGACUUGUGACGAAAGCAGGUUGUGUAUAUCUCUAGCUAAUUAUUGUAAACUUCAGAGUAGUAUCAUACAUUUAAUAAUCUGUGGAGGAAUUAGCAAAAUGAUGAGGAAUAAAUUAUGAUGCUAGCUGUUAAAUAAAAUCACAAAAUCUGCUAUGAAAUGCGAGCAUAAUUUUGUUACUUUAUUGCCACAGUGAAUGCUGUAGUAAUCUACUGUAUGAAGUAAGCAAGGCUAAGUUCUGAUCUAUCUUCAAAAUUGAGUUUAACUUCUAGUAUUUUUUCCCCCCUGGAGACCUUUAGGAACCCUAGUAAGUCAUUUCUUGAUGAUUUUUUUCUAGUCUGCAGUCAACUGACUGUACGAAAAUGCUUUGUAACUCAACUUUGCACAGAGCUGUAUACAAAGUGCAUAUGGUAGUUUCAGAUGUCUUAAUUUUUUGCAGUUAUUACUUAAUAUUUGUAUAUAUUACCACAUAUUUAAAUAUGACAGCAUAUAAAUUCUGCAGAUAGUACUUUUCACCCACCUAGAUGUUUUGUCAGUUGGACCAGUGCAGAUACAGCUGUGGCUGUUCAAUACUUCCAAAACUCAAAAAAUUUCUGGCAUGUCAUCCCUAUCUCAGAAUGCCCAGUAGUAAAAAAGGGUGAAGUGUGUUUACUGAAAGAAUUAGUCUUCAGUUUUUGGGUAUUUGCUUGUAAUUUUAAUAGACUAGAGCCAUUUUGAGUGGCUCGUGUUGAAUGAAAGGAAAUGUGAGGGUUUAUUGUGAAUUCCAAUUUCCUGAAAAUUGACUUGCUUUUGGAAGUAUGAAGUUGGAGAUAGACAAUAAAUUGUUCGAUUUGCCAGUUAUUUAUUGACCUUCCUGUCACCUAUAUUUCUUAGUUAUAAUUUGUAUUGCAGUGGAUACUGAUGUAUCCAGUUUGAACAUUAAAAUUUUCCAUGGUAAUAGCAGGACUUGGACAGUGACCAGUUUUUAUGACAAAAUACCAUAAACAAUUCUGAGGACUAAUACAAAAUUAAUUCUCCUUCAGUUUAAUGCUGCAGUUUCUUAAGUGGAAGUCACUUUUAUUACAGGCAUUUUGUCUAAUUCUUAUAGUGCCAUCAUGAAUGUAACAAAUGCCAAAAGGUUUUUAUUUGUAUGCUGUGUUCUAACAUUGCUCAUUAUAAAGGGUCUAUAAUAGUGGGAUGUGGAUGGCAUUUAUUGCAGUAAAUGGUCAUAUAAUCUAACAUUUAACCAUUUUCAGUUUUCAGUCAAAAAUUGUUGCUGAACUGAACACUAUUACAGGCAGUGUGAUAACCUCUUGGAAAUAACAAUAAUGUGAAAGAGGUAGAGCACUACUCACUACAUAGAGGAGUUCUUGAGUUGCGGACAGGCACAGUGAAAAAAAGACUGUUACACGUUUAAGCUUUUAGCCAAAAAAGUUCAUUUUCCUGCAAUAGAAAACACCCACACACGUGGCUACUAUCUCCAGGCACUGAGGACAGAAGCCGUGUGUGUGUGUGUGUGUGUGUGUGUGUGUGUGUGUGUGGUUUCCAAAAUUUCAUAAAUUUUCAGCAGUCUUCCUUACAGUGCCUGUCUGAAACUCAACACGUUCUCUAUGUAGUGAGUAGUUCUCUAUGUUGUGAGUAUUGUUGUUAUUCUAUCCUGGACUGAACACUAUUUGACCCUCUAGCAAAUAGUUUGAUAUAGAAGGGUAAUUCUCACAUCACAGAGCUGGACAUAGAAUGGUAUGAAUUAAGGUUUGUCUAGUCUGAAAUAACAUUGGGCAAUUGAUGUAUAGUAUGCGAUAAUGAAGACUGAUUUUGAACUUGAAGGCUCUUGUAAUACGAUUCGUCCAUACUACGAGAUACAACUCCCACCAGGAGAAACAAAAACUAGCUCUUUCUACAGUUUACAUAAAGGGUUGUUGCAGGAAUAUGCUGAUAACAAACUUAUCAUGGCUUUUUUCAAUAACUGUUUUCAUAUUUUUGUUACAGUUAUGCCCUCUCGUCUACAUUAGUGUUCGAUUACCCCAUAAUCAUGAUAAAACCCGUAGAAUAAUGCAUCCUGUAUAUACCAGUUUCUUAAUACCCAUUGCUCUAGUCAUUUUGGGCAAGACCGCUGCUCAUCUGUGGACUUCAAAAUGAGUUGUACUCAUAAUUACAUGUUUUUACUUAUUGGAUGUGGUAUAUUUUAUCUGCAAUUUAUAAAAUUAUUUUCUUGUUUUUGGGCCAGAGCCAUUUUCAGUAAGGAUGACUUCACUGAACAGUGACAUACACAGAAUAUCAGCACUAGCUGCUCUAUUGAAUUUUUAGUUGAUAUUUUAUUUUUUAUAUGGAAAAUUUCUGUGACUCAUUUAGUCACAUAGGCCAUCCCCCAUAGUAACAAAUACAUAAAUCACAAGUGACUUUAAUUGACUAUUUGACCUACAACUGGCAUAGGAAAUAACAUUUAUAUUAUUCCAUCAUUUUGAUGCUUUUCUACACUGUACAUGAUAUUGUUUAUCUUUUAACAGUUCUCUUAAAUUUCUGUAGUAGUUGUGUUUGGUAGAAGUAGCUUCGUCAGAUACAGUUCUGUCUCUACUUUGCUUCUAAUGGCUCUGCUCUGUCUGUUUUUAUACUUCUUCUUCAUCUUCUUCAUCAUCUUCCCCAUUUGCCACUACUUCCAAAAAAAGGUACAGCUCAAAAUAGAGGUGAGGAUAGUUUCCAUUUUUUAAUCUAAUUUAGUCUUUUGAAGAUGAGUUGUAGACAUGCCAUUUAAAACAGCAUAGUUUUUAUUUUCAUUGGUCACUUGAGCUUUAGUAGCAAUGAAUGUUCUGGAAAUGAUAGUUAUACUGCCACUAAUUUAUUGGUCACAUAGUGGAAUCUAAACAUCUACAUCCUUUUUUAUUUUUCUUACAAAGGCAUUGGAUAGUUUCCUAGUGUUAACAGUUGUCUUAACAGCUGUCAAUAAGUUUGAGUGGAUGUGUGUGAUGUCCUUAGGUUACUUAGGUUUAAGUAGUUCUAAAUUGUAGGGGACUGAUGACCACAAAUGUUAAGUCCCAUAGUGCUCAGAGCCAAUAAGUUUGAGUACUGGAGUGAAGGACAUUUGUCAUGUAGUUUCAGCUGUUUGCUCCAGUGUCUAUCCUUCAGUUAGGUCAUGCUGCUAUUGUUCAUAAUUCUCUGGGGAAUGCAUGCUGCACCAUGUUAAAUAAUUCUAUAGUGUUCACAGGAAAAAAACAGUCCUUUUUGUUGCUCACAAGAAAGCAUUUCCUUAUAUCAUUAGGGACCAGAACAGCAAAUUAGUUUCUCUGUACAGUACAAUAUAAGCACAGAUACAAUUCAAAGGAAAUAUGUAUUGCUACAUACAUAUUAUUACAAAAGGUUGUUAAAAUUCUUCACUUCACAGUGUAGUUGUAGUUGCUUCCAGAUGAUGAAUUCACAAUUUAGUGGUUACAAAAUUUAAGGCACCAGUUUUAAGUUUCUCCAUUAUUUCGACACCCAUUUAUGUAAAUAGGGAAACCAUUGUAAACACACAAUUAAUGUAGGCGCAGUAGUAGAUCUCUCACUUUCAGGUUGGUUACAUUUGUUUUACAGCUGUUUUGUAGUGUAAUUUACAAUAGUUAGUAUGUAUAAUAGGUUUUUACUAUAUGUGUAAUGCUGUUGUUACCGUGUCACUACUAAUGCACUGCAAAUAAAAGUAACCUCAUUAUUUGACAUGUUUAUUCAAUAGCAAUGCAUAUUCUGUAUUGUGGUCUCCAUUUAUGUAUACAGAUCUAGUUUUAGAAUACAUGCAGUAUGUUAUACACAAUCACCUUGAAGUUUUAUGAAGAUUGUCACUGAAAUUAUUUUUUAAUGUCAAACAUAAUUAAAAAUGUGUGCUGCUAUUUUAUUGGUAUACUUGGGAUGUGUGUUCUGAUUAGGUGGUGGUUUUAGUUCACGGUAGUGUAUUAGUUGCUUUGUAUGAGAUGGAUGAAUUUGAGUGUAGAGUGAUGCUAUGUAAAAGGGAACAUUUCCACCAUGUCUAGAAUUUAGUCCGAUUUAAUGUAGUCAUCUUCGUGUAGAUACAAACUUCAUCCAAGUGUAUUUUUUCAUCGUUACAGAUGCAUUUAGACCUGCUUUCAUACUCAUUGGUUACAUAGCUGAAAAGUAGGAAGUAUGGAAAGGCAAUGAUUGCACACCAGUUGCAGAACCAUUUUUGUCUCUCCACCAGACAUUAGUAUUUGACAGUUCAUCAUGUGUUUGUGGUAGUUCAUUAUGUAGAGAAGUCAGCUUUGGCAAUAACUAUGCCCCUUAUCCAAAAAAUUCCUGUUGCGCCCCCAUAGGGCAAAUUCUAGACACACUAUUUUACAGCAUAUGACAUAUUUGCAGUGCUAAUUUGUUUGAGUCUAAUGAAAUAUGUGACGCAAAGAUUAAAUUUGAAAUCUGAUGGACUUGAAAAAUAUGGCUUUAAGGUUUGAAGAUUUGGUUAGUGCAGCAUGUAUGUUCCUUAGUUGAUCGAUUUCUUAGAAAAAUCCUCCUAUAAGCAUAUGUGCGAAAAAUAAGAAGCUGAUACAAAACAAAAAUCAGAAAUUGAAGAAUUUUCCAUAUCCAUGUGGCAAAUGUAGUCACAACUGAUCAGCCUCACUGGGACUGCAUAGGGCCGAAAUGAAAAAGAAAAGAUCUUCAGUUUCUUCUUGUGAGUGUCUGUCUUUGUCAUUUUCUACAUUUCACAACACAGAUUUGAGUUGUAUCAUAGCAUUGCCUAAGUAUUGGUAGUAGCUGUAGUUUGUGUUCCCUUGCUGUUUUAUAAUGUAUACAUUAGUAUAAAUCAUAUGUUGAAAAUUAUUAUAUAUUUUGGGAUAUUAUAUUCUGUGUAAAGCUUUAAGAAUUCAUUGCUCAGGAUGAAUUUUAAAUUCAAUUCUAUGUAUUGCAUCUCUAUUUUGAGGUAUUUUGUGGCUAGACUAAACCUUACAGAUACUUCAUAAAUGAUCUAAUAUUUGAGGAAUUUUUAUCCCAUUUGUAUGCAUUGUUGGAUGAAAUUAGGUAUAUGUAUCAGGCACUUAAAAUAGACUGCAUAGUGAUUUGAUGAUUGCAUGAUCUGUAUAACAUUAUGUAUUGCCAUAGACAUCUGAUGGAAAACAGUGUGUGCCAGGAAUUAAUGUCACCAUCCUGUUGGUGAAUGACGCAGAAGGUGUUAGAGUACAUUGACUAGAACUGAAACAUGAGUUUUCACACUCUCUCUGUAUUCAAGAGGAAGUUAGAAUAGUGUACACAGUGUCUGUGAUUCAGAAGUGUCUAAGUUUGUCCUUAAUUAAUGUAGAAAUUGUCGGCAUUCUUCUUUGGAUCUUUGACUGACAUUCAGCCAUGUCUGAAGUACCUGAGAACAGUGCCAACAUACAGCAUAUAUAGAAGCAGCUGUGGAAUCCUCAAUGAUUACGUGUUAAUUGUUUGUUUGAACAUUGCCCAACAGUUGUGAUAAAAGAAAGUCAUAUUGAUUUAAUAGGAAAUAAAAAGGCAAGUGUUGUGAAGAGUGACAUUAGUAAAUAGAGACUGGUGAAAUACAGUUUGUUUAUGGCUGUACAGAUUUUCCCCUCACAGAUGCCAUUACAAUCCUCUGCAUUGCCUCACAGCUUAAGAAAGCACGAGGUGUGAAAAUGUUAUCUGGCUACCAAUUUUUAUUUCCAAAUUCCUAGUUAUGGUGUUCUGAACUUCAAACUACAAUUUGUGUCUCAGCACAUGCAGUGAUAAUCAAACCUUCAUAAUCAUAAGUGAAAGAAAAAUUAAUUUCCCAGGAAGCAAUUGCACAUUUCCAGCACUCCCCAUCCCCCUCCAAUAAUUCUUCCAAUUUAUUACGAGCUCAGUGUUUCUUCCUGUGUGUCAGACUUGCUCUUUGUCCCUGUUUGCCUAUUAACAUAUUCUUCUCUCAUCCACAUAUUAUGUACACUAAGUACUUGAUGCCACUUUCAUCCAACUGCCUUUCCCCUGAGCAUUGCCAUUCACUGUGCUACCUCUCCUGAGAAUUUUCGAUGCUUCAUCAGUGUCUCCAUUUAUUAGUGCCAGAUAUCUUCCAGUCUCUAAUGACAUCAUUGCCUUUUUCUCACCGUGUUAAAGGUUCCAACAUUCCUUGUUAGCAAGACACAAUAUUAAAUACUGUAGUACAGAGAGGAUUGUGGAUGUCAGCAGUCAAGAUUUUCCCCGAAUUCGGUACUACGAGGAAGAACUUGACUGAUUUGGAUGCUCAAAACAGGAGUUUUGUUUGGUGUACUCUAACUUCCAGACUCUUCAUCAGUGACUGGUGACUUAUCAUUGUGAAAUAGUCUCUCUCUCUCUCUCUCUCUCUCUCUCUCUCUCUCUCUCUGUGUGUGUGUGUGUGUGUGUGUGUGUGUGUGUGUGUGUGUGUGUGUGUGUUUUGUGGGUAUUUUCCCAAUGUUAUAGAUGUGUAAUGUUUUUUUGUUUUCCCACUUAAUCAAAUGUAAAUAUGCAAGUUUAUGAGCAUCCAGUGCUGCACUUGAUUGACCACAGAUCAAAACAGUUUUAAAAUUACUGAGUAAAAUUGUUUGUAUCAUGCAAGCCCUUUUUUCCUAUUUAAUGCAUAAAUCAGUGAAAGUUCAGAACAUACUGUGUAAAGAGAACUUCCCGUCCAAGCCAGAAUUUAUGUUACAAAUUUUGCCAAAAUGGAUGCGGUCCACACACACACACACACACACACACACACACACACACACACACA